CUCCGGUUGCGCGGCGCUGCUGCAGAUUGAGUGCAGGAGCGGCGCGCGCGCUGUAGCUUCGCCAAAAACACACACUCGCGCGCGCGGGAUGGAGGAGCGCAGAGCGCCGGACCCGGACGGCACGCGGCCGUGAGGACUUAUCUAUACGCGCACCAAGACCCCCGGUACACGCAGCGCGCGCACACCCCCCGGACCGAGCCCCGGUGGCGGAGCGAUGGAGGGCGCGGCAGCGGCGGCAGCGGCGGCGGCGGAGACCCCGACCCGCGCGGCGGAGUACCUGCAGCAGCUCAACAACAUCAUCGAGGCGCAGCAGGAGCUGCUCGAGCGCCAGAAGGGCCGCAUCGGCGAGCUGGAGCAGCGCGUGGAGGACCUGUGCGAGGAGAACACGCGACUAAAAGAGGAGCAGCGCAGGCACCUGGCCACCUGCAGACACCUGGCCGCGUGCAGCAGGCACCUGGCCGCGUGCAGGCAGCUGGAGCAGGGCGACGGGCAGCACGCGCUGGGCUCUAUCUCGGAGAACGCCGGGCAGGAAAAGAUUGAGGGUGAAUCCUUGCGAGUGACGAAUGUCAGACGGCACGCUUCUUUGCCUCCCGAAGUCACAGAUAACCAAGCCAACUUUAUCAUCCCGCCCAGUCGGAGGAGUUACCCCUGUCGCAAAUGGAAAUCGGCCUCUUUUGGUGUGGAGGGUGAUGGUGCUGAAGCUGUGGUAUCUCUGGACGGUGGUGUAGGUGGUGUAGGUGGUGUUGGUGGUGUUGGUGAGUACGGGCGGGUGCCGGUGACGCGGUUCGAGCAGCUCUACAGCCCGGAGGUCCGGCCCCGCCCCCGCCGACCCAAACUCCAGCACUCCCAGUCCAUCCUGCGCAAACAGGCUGAGGAGGAGGCAAUCAAACGCUCACGAUCCCUGUCUGAGAGCUAUGAGCUCUCCACCGACCUGCAGGACAAACAGGUGGAAAUGCUGGAGCGCAAGUAUGGGGGACGUUUCAUAACCCGGCAUGCGGCCCGCACCAUCCAGACGGCUUUCCGUCAGUACCAGAUGAACAAAAACUUCGAGCGCCUUCGGAGCUCUAUGUCGGAGAACCGUAUGUCCAGACGCAUCGUUCUGUCCAAUAUGAGGAUGCAGUUUUCCUUUGAAGGGCCUGAGAAAGUCCACAGCUCUUAUUUCGAGGGGAAGCAGGUCUCGGUAACUGAUGACGGCACUAAACUCGGACCCCUGGUGCCGUCGGAGUGUGGCGAGAUGGUUCCGGCGAACUUGAAGACACCUACGUCUCAGAGCGACUUUACGGACGCCAUCACGGAGCUGGAGGACGCCUUUUCCAGGCAGGUUAAGUCUUUGGCGGAGUCGAUAGACGACGCUUUGAACUGUCGCAGCUUGCACGGAGACGAUGGCCCGGGUGAACUGGGUCAACGAGAUCGUGACCGCGACCGUGAUCGUGACCUCGAACGAGAGGUUGUCGCCUCUUACCAGGUCAAACCUUCGCACAGUAGCGGCGAUCACCGCAAACUGGACGAAAUGACGGCAUCUUACAGCGACGUGACGCUUUACAUCGACGAAGAAGAACUGUCGCCUCCUCUUCCUCUUUCGCAACCUCUAGAUCGGCCGUCGAGUACAGAAUCUGAUCUUAGGAUACGAUCCCUAAACUCCUCGCAAGACUACUGGGCUCAAGCCCACAAGGACGAUAAGGGGGACACGGACACUAGCUGCAGAAGUACGCCGUCGUUAGAGUGUCAAGAACAGCGACUAAGAGUGGAUCACCUUCCUUUGCUGACCAUAGAGCCUCCCAGCGACAGUUCGGUAGAAUUGAGUGACCGCUCCGACCGCAGUUCCCUCAAAAGACAAACCGCCUACGAGAGAGGCGGCAUCAGCAGUCAGCAAGGGAGCCCAAAACACGGCUCCUCCCACUGUCUUCCACCUCGCGGACCAACGAGAGACGAGGACGGUCCCCAGCGCCAUCGACCCCGGCAGCUAGAGAGCCACCUGGCCAUCAACGGCACGGCGGCCAACCGGCAAAGCAAGUCAGAGUCCGACUUCUCGGACGGAGACAACGACAGCAUCAACAGCACCUCCAACUCCAACGACACCAUCAACUGCAGCUCGGAGUCGUCCUCGCGAGACAGCCUGCGGGAGCAGACGCUCAGCAAGCAGACCUACCACAAGGAGACCCGCAACAGCUGGGACUCGCCGGCCUUCAGCAACGACAUCAUCCGCAAGAGACACUACCGCAUCGGACUCAACCUCUUCAACAAGAAGCCGGAGAAAGGUAUCCAGUACCUGAUUGAGCGCGGGUUCGUGCCGGACACUCCGGUGGGCGUGGCUCACUUCCUGCUGCAGAGGAAGGGGCUGAGCCGGCAGAUGAUUGGCGAGUUUCUGGGCAACAGACAGAAACAGUUCAAUCGGGACGUGCUGGACUGUGUGGUGGAUGAGAUGGAUUUCUCCAGUAUGGAGCUGGAUGAAGCCUUGAGAAAGUUUCAAGCUCAUAUUCGGGUUCAGGGAGAAGCUCAGAAGGUGGAGCGGCUGAUCGAGGCUUACAGUCAGCGGUACUGUAUCUGUAACCCCGGCGUGGUGCGGCAGUUUCGAAACCCGGACACCAUCUUCAUCCUGGCCUUCGCCAUCAUCCUCCUCAACACAGACAUGUACAGCCCUAACGUAAAACCAGAGAGGAAGAUGAAGCUGGAGGACUUCGUGAAGAACCUGCGAGGGGUGGACGAUGGAGAGGACAUCCCUCGUGAGAUGCUGAUUGGUAUUUAUGAGCGGAUUCGGAAGCGUGAGCUCAGGACGAAUGAGGAUCACGUGUCUCAGGUGCAGAAAGUGGAGAAACUCAUCGUUGGGAAAAAGCCGAUUGGCUCCCUCCACCAUGGCCUUGGAUGUGUUUUAUCUUUACCUCACCGCAGGCUGGUCUGUUACUGCCGUCUGUUCGAGGUUCCCGACCCAAACAAGCCUCAGAAACUCGGCCUCCAUCAGAGAGAGAUCUUCCUCUUCAACGACCUGCUGGUGGUUACGAAGAUUUUCCAGAAGAAGAAGAACUCGGUGACGUACAGCUUCAGACAGUCCUUCUCCCUGUACGGCAUGCAGGUGCUGCUCUUCGAGAACCAGUAUUACCCCAACGGCGUCCGCCUCACCUCGGCCGUCCCAGGCGCCGACAUCAAAGUCCUGAUCAACUUUAACGCUCCGAACCCUCAGGACCGCAAGAAAUUCACAGACGACCUGCGGGAGUCCAUCGCUGAGGUGCAGGAGAUGGAGAAAUACAGGAUUGAGUCUGAGCUGGAGAAGCAGAAGGGCGUGGUCCGGCCGAGUAUCUCUCAGAGUUCAGGGCUGAAGAAGGAGGCGGGGAACGGGAAUCUGAGUCGGGGGAGUCUGGAUGAUAGUUACGCUAUCGGAGAGGGUCUGAAGAGGAGCGCGCUCAGCAGCUCAUUACGAGACCUUUCAGACGCAGGGAAGCGCGGCCGCCGCAGCAGUGCGGGAUCACUAGACAGCAAUAUGGACGGCUCCAUCAUUAGCAGCCCCCACAUGCGGCGCCGGGCCGCCUCCAGCCGCGACUGCCCCUCCCGCCAGCAGUCCAUCCCCAGCUCCUCCUCCUCUCUGCUCGGGUCGCUCUUCGGUACCAAGCGGGGCAAAUCCCCCUCCCUGCCCCCCCAGCCCCCGCACCCGUCCCACCCUACCCUCAUCUCCCACACGCCCCACCCCUCCAACCUGCACCACACGGCCCGCGACAACAUCACCGAGACUCAGGCCCAGAUCCACCCGCACCACGCCCAGUUCUGCCACGUCCAGCAGAACCCGCCCCCGUACCACCACCACCACCACUACCACCCCCCCGCCCACGUCCAGCACCAGUACCUCCCGCCGUCCGGACACCCCCACGCCCAGCACCACCAUGCCCAAGCUCCGCCCCCUGCGGCUCCCGCGGGCAGUGCCAAGCCCAAACACAGCGGCAUCAGCACCGUGGUGUGAGCCCGAGCGCCUCUGGACCCUGCGGGACUUCUACGGAACUUAAUAGAAUUCUGUGAAAUUCUGUAGGACUCGGUUGAGGAUUUCGGUUGAUUUCUCUGUAGGAUUCAAUGGAAUUUAAUGGAAUUCUGUGGAAUUUUAAGGGUUUCUGUGGGACUCAUUGGGAUUCUGUGGGUUUCAAUGGGACUUUAUUGGAUUCUGUGAAAUUCUGUAGGACUCUGAAUUCGGUGGGUUUCUCUAUAGAAUUAAAUGGAAUUCAGUGAGUUGCUAAGGGUUUCUAUGAGACUCAUUGGAUUCAGUUGAAUUUUAAGGGUUUCAAUGGGACUCGAAUGGAUUCUGUGGGUUGUUGAGGGUUUCUGAAAGACUCAUUGGAAUUCUAUGGGUUUCUAUGGGACUUAAUAGGAUUCCGUGAAAUCCUUUAGGACUCAAUGGAAUUCUAUUGGUUUCUAUGGGACUCAUUGGGAUUCUGUGGAAUUUUAAGGGUUUCUUUGGGAUUCUGUGGGUUGUGGAGGGUUUCGGAGAGACUCCUUGGGAUUCUGUGGAUUUCUAUUGGACUCAAUGGAAUUCUAUGGGGUUCUAUGGAAUUCUGUGGGCAACUCUAGAUCUCUCUGGGUCUCUAAGAAAUUCUAUGGGCAACUGGGUCUCUUUGGGUCUCUAAGGGAUUCCUAAGAGACUGUAGGAGUGAAUCAAUCAUUCUCUUUGUCUCUUUGGAACUCUAUUGAACUCUACAGGACUCUAUGGAACUGUACAGGACUUUUUGGUCUCUGUGGAACUGUGAGACUAUCAGUAGCAGGGAGCACAGAAGCACGGAAGCAACUUGGGCGGACGUCCUGUCCGUCCGUCCGGCUGGCAUGCGGAAAAGAUUGUACGUUUUUUUUUUUUUGCAAUAGACUGACUGUGUGGAACCGACCAGGGAAUGAGAACCAAUCAAAACAAGGCAACGUGACUCAACGUUUCCAUCUCCAUUCAGAGCCUCUCUCCUCUGGGACUGAACUAAAACGAGAGAUAAAGGGGCACACUGUGUAGCAUUAGCAUUAGCACUAGCACUGGCCUUCUCUUCCAGGCAUUUCUGAGGGCUGCUAGACCCUCCCUGUGGGUUUUGGGUUUCUUUUCACCUCCAUCCCUCUCUCUUUCUCUCUUUUUUCCUCUCUCUUCACACUUUCCAUCGAUUGAUCAACCACCGUAUACACUCCAGGCAGAGCAGAUUCUUUUGUUUGUUUGUUUGUCUGUUCAUUUUUUUUUUCGUCUCCCACCCAGAGUUUAAUCUGUACCAUCUUUUCUUAAAUUUUCCGAAAUUUUCCGAACGCCUGGAUGUGUGAUUGAUUGAGUGUGAGUAUAUAAGUGUACGUACGUUUUCUCCCCUCCAUCGAAACCCAACACCGAAGCAAACGCAUGCACAAAGACCAUGGCUACUGUUUUACUUAUUAAACUUACGUAAACAUACUUAAUUGCUUAAGAAGCGUUUGAAACUAUCCAGCUUUACACAGAAAUUUGCAGAUUUGCGUAAACGGGAGCGGAAAGUCUCGAUUAGAGCCGACAUGCCUUGAAGCGACGCUGUCUACGCUGAUGGCGCUUCGGUUUCGGUACUGACAGCGAUCACUGACAGCAACUAAACGAGCCAUGCAGUUGGUCAACAAGACAACGUAGGUGUUCAAGUAUUUAAUGUAGCUGUAGACCACGAUUCUCUGUGAUUAUAGUUAGCGGUCUUUAAAUGUGCCAAUUAUUAUUAUUAUUAUUAAAGAGCAGUAACUGAGUUAGUCCAGAAAUGCUUUGUGAAUGUCGUGCAUAUAGUAUUUUGUAAAAUAAUACGAAUAAUAAUAAUAUUAAUAAUAUUAUCAGCAGUUAAUAUUAUUGUUAUAGAACACAAUUUGUCCGAGGCAUCAGCUAACAAUCUCAGUAUUAUUAUACUCUCGAAGUAGAACGACUUUCUAGAUUCACUAUUUAUUAUUCUAAAGAUAAUAAUGAUGAUGACAGUAAUAAUAAAACACUCAGUCCGUCAGUCACUCAGUCAGUUCAGUGCUUGGAUUAGAGAUUAGAGAUUAAGGAUUAAGGAUGCGUAUUAUAGGAUUACAGGUGGGAAAGCGAAUGAUCUGAAUGAUUUUUUCUCUGGUUGCCUUUGAAACUCUUGGGAAGAUUCUUCGGGAAUGCACACGCAGAACCUUCCACUCCGACAGAACUGUGUUUAACGCACCAAUUACAAAAGAGUCUGCUUACGGCUAAUCGGCUAAAUCAGCCAAUCAGGAAUCAGGAGGAAUAGCUCGUUAUUUAAAAACGAACAAAAACACAAAAAAAUACAAUAAUGAACUUAAGAUGGUGGAGAUAAGUGAGGAGAUAAGUGAGGAGAUAAGUGAGGAGGUGGUUAAAGAAGAAAGAGAUGAUCUCCAAGCCAAUGAUCAAAUACUCCUUAAAUACUCCUCAAAUCCUCCUCGGGCCUCGAUGGGUCGUUCCGGUCGGUUCGGGCCGUUAGCGCUGCACGGUUUUAUUUUUUUAUCUAUUUUUUUAGAGACAAAUAAUAAUAAAAAAAACACUGAAAUAAAUAAAACAAACUAUGAAAAUGAAUAAAUAAUAAAAACUGUACAUUUAGAGAUGUUUAUGGUAAAGCUGAUUUGUUGGAAAAGGCUAUUUUGGAAAUAUAAAAAGACAAGAGGUCAAUUUCUUAAUUUCUUUUUGUUUUCUUUUUUUUUGUUUGUUCUUUUCUUUUUGGUUUUAAGGGGGCGGGGUUUAGGCAGGUAAAAUUUACUGAGAUUUUUCCACUAUGUUUUUUGUUUGUUUGUUUGUUGCGGUGAUGCUUUGUUUUGUGGGUUUUUUCAUGUUUUGUUUUCUCAGCAGGCUGAGUGAGUGAGUGUAAAUGUGUGAGCUGUUCCUUUAAGGGCCCAAUCCCAUUUCUCUUUUGGUACCCUACCACUUGUUUUUUGUUUUUUAGAGUUAUAAGAGAAAGCACUAAAAUGCUGACCUUAAUAAAAAAAUUGGAACAAUUCCCUUUGCUAUUUAUAGGUUUAUGUUUGAGUAAAAUGAACAUUGUUGUUUUAUUCUAUAAACUACAGACAACAUUUCUCCCAAAUUACAAAUAAAAAAUAUUCUCAUUUAGAGCAUUUAUUUACAGAAAAU